UCAAAUUCCUUUGCAUAAAAACAUUUAUUAUACACGGAAUUAAAGGAUGCGUAUGAUGUUUUUAUGAGAUGAGUUCAAGAAAGUUUAAAUCGUUAUCAGUUCAAGCGGUGGAAAUGUCAGAAAGAUAAUGAGAUCCAUUUCCAAAUAUUUUAAAUUCAAAAAAGAUUCACAAAAGCGAAAUGAAGCUAAGAUAUCAAAUGAACUUGGCAUAGAGUAUUACAAAAUUGGAAAAUACGAAAAAGCUACGGAAUUUUUUGAGAAAUGUCUCGAAAUUCAAAAAACUUUACUAGGUCCUGAUCAUGUUGAUGUAGCUAAGAUUUUAAACUCUCUUGCCAUUGUGUACAGUAGUGCUAAAGAAUAUGACAAAGCCAAAGAAUGUUAUGAAAACGCGUUGGAAAUUCGAAAAAAAUCACUUGGUCCUACACAUGUUGAUGUGGCUACGACUUUAAACAAUCUUGGUAAUGUAUAUUAUGAGACCAAAAAACAUGCCAAAGCCAAAGAGUGUUAUGAAAAAGCGUUGGAAAUUCGACAAAAAUCACUCGGUCCAGAACAUUUUGAUGUAGCUAGGACUUUUUAUGAUCUUGGUAACGUGUACCAUUAUACUAAAGAAUAUGACAAAGCAAGACAGUUUCUCGAAACAGCGUUGGAAAUUGAACAAAAAUCACUAGGUCCUGAACAUGUUGAUGUAGCUACAACUUUAAACGAUCUUGGUAAUGUGUAUUAUAAUACUAACAAAUAUGCCAAAGCCAAAGAGUGUUAUGAAAAAGCGUUGGAAAUUCGACAAAACUCACUUGGUCCAGAACAUGUGCAUGUAGCUACGACUUUAAACAAUCUUGGCAAUAUGUACCGUUGUUCUAAAGAAUAUGACAAAGCCAAAGAGUGUUAUGAAAAAGCGUUGGAAAUUCGACAAAAAUCUCUUGGUCCUGAACAUGUUGAUGUAGCUACGACUUUAAACAAUCUUGGUGAUGUGUAUUAUGAGACCAACAAACAUGCCAAAGCCAAAGAGUGUUAUGAAAAAGCGUUGGAAAUUCAUCAAAAAUCACUCGGUCCAGAACAUUUUGAGGUAGCUAUGACUUUUUAUAAUCUUGGUAACGUGUACCAUUAUACUAAAGAAUAUGACAAAGCAAGAAAAUUUUUUGAAAAAGCGUUGGAAUAUGAACAGAAAUCACUAGGUACUGAGCAUGUUGAUGUAGCUGUGACUUUAAGCUGUCUUGGCAAUGCGUACCAUUGUACUAAAGAUUAUAACAAAGCAAGAGAACUUCUUGAAAAAGCGUUGGAAAUUCAACAAAAAUCACUGGAUCCUGAACAUGUUGAUGUUGGUACGACUAUUUAUUAUCUUGGUAAGGUGUACCUUUAUACUAAAGAAUAUGACAAAGCAAGAGAAUUUCUCGAAAAAUCGUUGGAAAUUUAUCAAAAAUCACUAGGUCCUGAACAUGUUUAUGUAGCUAGGCCUUUUCAUAAUCUUGGUAAAAUGUACUUUUAUACUAAAGAGUAUGACAAAGCAAGAGAAUUUCUGGAAAAAGCCUUGGAACUUGAACAAAAAUCACUACAUCCUAAACAUGUUGAUAUAGCUACGAUUUUAAACUCUCUUGGUAAUUUGUAUUAUGAGAUCAACAAAUAUGCCAAAGCCAAAGAGUGUUAUGUAAAAUCGUUGGAAAUUCGACUAAAAUCACUUGGUCCUGAACAUGUUGAUGUAGCUACGAGUUUAAACAAUCUUGGCAAUGUUUACCUUGGUACUAAAGAAUAUGACAAAGCAAGAGAAUAUCUCGAAAAAGCGUUGCAAAUUGCACAAAAAUCACUUGGUCCUGAACAUGUUGAUGUAGUUACGACUUUAAACUCUCUUGGUAACGUGUAUUAUGAGACCAACAAACAUGCCAAAGCCAAAGAGUGUUAUGGAAAAUCGUUGGAAAUUGCACAAAAAUCACUAGGUCCUGAACAUGUUGAUGUAGCUACAACUUUAAACUCUCUUGGUAAUGUGUACCUUUAUACUAAAGAAUAUGACAAAGCAAGAGAAUUUCUCGAAAAAGCGUUGAAAAUUGAACAAAAAUCACUACGUCCUGCUCCUGUUAAUGUGGCUAAGACUUUAAACUCUCUUGGUAAUGUGUACUAUGGUACUAAAGAUUAUAACAAAGCAAGAGAAUUUCUCGAAAAAGCGUUGGAAAUUGAACAAAAAUCACUGGAUUCUGAACAUGUUGAUGUUGGUACGACUAUUUAUAAUCUUGGUAAGGUGUACCUUUAUACUAAAGAAUAUGACAAAGCCAGAGAAUUUCUCGAAAAAUCGUUGGAAAUUUAUCAAAAAUCACUUGGUCCUGAACAUGUUUAUGUAGCUAAGCCUUUUUAUAAUCUUGGUAAAAUGUACUUUUAUACUAAGGAGUAUGACAAAGCAAGAGAAUUUCUGGAAAAAGCCUUGGAAAUUGAACAAAAAUCACUAGGUCCUGAAAAUGUUGAUAUAGCUAUGAUUUCAAACUCUCUUGGUAAUGUGUAUUAUGAGACCAACAAACAUGCCAAAGCCAAAGAUUGUUAUGAAAAAGCGUUGGAAAUUCGACUAAAAUCACUUGGUCUUGAACAUGUUGAUGUAGCUUCGACUUUAAGCAAUCUAGGCAAAGUGUACCAUCGUACUAAAGAAUAUGAGAAAGAAAAAGAAUUUCACGAAAAAGCGUUGGAAAUUCGACAAAAUUUACUAGGUCCUGAACAUGUUAAAGUGGCUACGACUUUAAACAACCUUGGCAAUGUGUACCAUGGCACUAAAGAAUAUGACAAAGCAAAAGAAUUUCUCGAAAAAGCGUUGGAAAUAACACAAAAAUCACUAUUUCCUGAACAUGUUGAUGUAGUUACGACUUUAAACUCUCUUGGUAACGUGUAUUAUGAGACCAACAAACAUGCCAAAGCCAAAGAGUGUUAUGAAAAAUCGUUGGAAAUUGCACAAAAAUCACUAGGUCCUGAGCAUGCUGAUGUAGCUACGACUUUAAACUCUCUGGGUAAUGUGUAUUAUAAGACUAAAAAACAUGCGAAAGCCAAAGAGUGUUAUGAAAAAUCGUUGGAAAUUGCACAAAAGUCACUAGGUCCUGAACAUGUUGAUGUAGCUACGACUUUAAAUUCUCUGGGUAAUGUGUAUUAUAAGACCAACAAACAUGAACAUUUUGAUGUAGCUACGACUUUAAAUUCUCUUGGUAAUGUGUACCUUUAUGCUAAAGAAUAUGACAAAGCAAGAGAAUUUCUCGAAAAAGUGUUGAACGUUGAACAAAAAUCGCUUGGUCCAGAACAUGUUGAUGUAGCUACGACUUUAAACUCUCUGGGUAAUGUCUAUUAUAAAACCAACAAACGUGCCAAAGCCAAAAUGUGUUAUAAAAGAGCGUUGGAAAUUCGACUAAAAUCACUUGGUCUUGAACAUGUUGAUGUAGCUACGACUUUAAGCAAUCUAGGCAAAGUGUACCAUCGUACUAAAGAAAAUGACAAGGCAAAAGAAUUUGAUGAAAGAGCGCAGGCAAUUAAAAGAAAAUCAGUUUCUUCUGAUCAUGUUGUUGUUACUGUAUCUUCGAACAGUAUUGAAUUAAAGUCUCAUUUUACUGCUGAUGCUAAAUCCCCUUCAAAUUUACACGUUCAUACGGAGAAAAAAGAAGAAAUUAACGAAAUUCUGCUAGAGAUUGCCAAAGAAAUUCCCGGUGAAUGGAAGAACUUGGCAAUAUUUCUGAAGGUCAGAGAUGCAAUAGUAGAAAGUAUUAAACUAAAUCAUCAUGAAGUGAUCUGGCAAGGGUUUAAAAUGCUAACGUUUUGGUUUGAAUCACGAGAAAAUAAGCAGUUGUGGUACGAAGAACUUGCCGCUGCUUUACGCAAGAUCGACAAAAAUCGUUUGGCUAAGGACGUUGUUCAUAAAGGUGCAAAUGUUGCUUAAUAUUGUUAAACUGAAAUUCAAAUGUCAUUUGUCCAUUUUUUAUAAUCGCCAUUUUCGUGUAAAACUCAGAAGCCAACAUUAGGUUGUUUUCAUUGAUUUACGUUGUAAUAAUAUACAUGAAUAAAUUUCUCAGUUCUCAUUGGUUAAUUAAGAGCAGUGUAAUUUAUUGUGAAUACCAGAGGGAAAAAAUAAGAAACACGGUUCAGAAAAAGGAAAUAUAGUGCAUUUUUUUUAAAAAAAUUGCUCCUGAUUGGUUAAUCAGACAAAGAAGUGAUGUAAGAGACAAUCAAAAUAAAACAUUUGAAAGGCGUGAAAGUUAAAUUAAAGUAAAUAAAGCAAAUGCAAUGUCUGGUGCAAGUUUACGUAAAUUUUCCUUGGUGAACGAGCUUUCAAUUCACCGUUUGCAAGACGUGUUUGGAAAAAAUAUGAGCACUGCCAAAAGUAGUUACCUUGUUCUAGCUGCGUGUGGGAAAGCUAUGGUGUUAUGAAAGUUAACAUGCAAUGGAAUUAUAAUAUACGAGCCAGCCAGAAUUGAGAAAUUUUUUCAUAUAUAUUAAGCCCUUAAUAACUGAGCUCGAGGUCUUUACGGAGAAAUAUCGGGCCGAGUUCUUUUUGCACCAACCAAAUGCUUAGUAAAAUAAAGAUCGUGAAAGCGAGGUUAUUAAAAUGUUUAUUAUGUACAGCAUUAUUUGUCCUGAAACAAAACUUGCUUUCUUUCUCUUCCUUGCUGUAUUGUAAGGGUUGACUUUCACUUUUCUAGUUUUUGUCAGUAAAAAUAAAUCUUUUUUAAUUUGUAUCUUCCGCAUAAUUAAACUCUUUGUUCACUUU